AUGAAGCUCUUUUCUUUGAUCGUCGCAUCUGCCUACUCCUACGAGUAUACUACUGCUGAACCUUUCGACCCAAAUGACCGACUUGACGUCAUCCAGUACCACUUCGAUAGACUCGCCGCAUCUCUCCCAGACGCUAACUGGGCUGAUCGAUACGUCGCCCGAUUCAACAAAGCUGCCGGCAAAGCCCGAGACUCCGGCAACGGCGAAAGCUGCUACGAAGAAAAUGGUUUCGGUGGAGAGGACAGCGCCGAUGACGUCCAGGUCUUCGAUGAAAACGACUUCUGCAAGCUCAACGGCCAGGUAAACGCCGCCCUCAACAGCUGGGCACGCAACUACGCUUGCGAUGGACGAGGCAAGGUCUACCGACAGGUCAUCCGAUCUGCCCGAAAGAUCCGAAACUUCUACAACGACAAGAUGAACUGCUAA